AUGGCAUCUUCAGCUUGCGUGACGUUAGUCGUCGUAUGUUUAAACAGCAUUACCGAUGCUGCAAAAAUUCUAGCAGUGAUUCCCACCCCAUCGCUUAGUCACCAAGUAAUUUUUCGACCAUUAACACAAGCACUGGCUCAACGAGGCCAUGAGGUCAUAGUGGUUACAACUGAUCCUGUCUUCACGGAUACAAAACCACCGACGAAUUUAACAGAAAUAGAUGUCCACGAUGUAUCAUACAAAAUAUGGAAUAAUGAAUUUACAUACGCCCUCGAGUUUGGACGAAGGUAUUCUAUUUACAGUCAAGUUGGUACCUUCAUAAAAAUGCUAAAGAAUAUGGUCCUAGAACAAUUGAAGACUAAGGAAAUACAAGAUUUGAUAAAGUAUGAUAGACAGCAUUUUGAUCUUAUAAUCGUAGAAGCAUGGGUAAGACAGGCUCUCGUCUACUCCCAUGUAUUUAGAGCACCAGUGAUUUGUGUGAGCUCAUUUGGUUUGCUAAUGGGAAACGAAGAGACAUUUGGGAUUCCGAUUAAUCCACUAAAAUAUCCGCUAACAUUUCAGCAAAGACUCUAUAACUUAACUUUUAUGGAAAAACUAGACGAAUUGUACAAAAACUGGUGGUACCAGUCGGAGUGGUUAUCUAAGGCGGCAGAUGAGAUUGAAGCUUUUCGAGGGGUUUUGGGCCCUUCUUUACCUGAAUAUACCGAGUUGUACAAUAAUGCUGAUAUGCUUUUUUUAAACACUCAUCCAAUUUGGAUAGAUAACCAGCCGUUGCCUUCAAACGUGAUAUCAAUUUGGGGUAUUCAUAAGAACCCUGAAAAUGAAUUACCGCAUAAUCUCAAAUCGUACUUAGACAAUUCUAAAAAUGGCGUCAUAUACCUUAGCUUUGGAACGAACGCGCCGUCAACUAUCCUGUCACCUGACUUCAUUCGUAUACUCAUCAGAGUAUUUUCAAAGUUGCCUUACGAUGUUUUAUGGAAAUGGGAAAAAGAUGUUAUGCCAGGAAAACCCGACAAUGUUAAAAUAGGAAAAUGGUUUCCACAAUCGGAUCUAUUGAGGCACCCGAAUGUUAAAGUCUUCAUAACUCAAGGAGGUUUGCAGUCGACGGAUGAAGCUAUAACGGCCGGAGUACCACUUAUUGGAAUUCCGAUGCUGGGUGAUCAGUGGUAUAAUGUGGAAAAAUACGAGAAGCACAAAAUCGGUGUCCGCCUCGACAUGGAAACACUAACUGAAGAUAAAUUCGAAGAUGCUAUUCAUUUGGUCUUGAAUGAUACUAGUUUCAGAGAUAAUAUUGUGAAACUUCGCACUUUCAUGAAUGAUCAACCCCAAACUGCUAUGGAAAGGGCUGUUUGGUGGACAGAAUACGUAUUGCGACAUGGUGGGGCGAAGCAUCUCCGAGCCGCUACUGCCAACAAGCCCUUGUGGGAUUAUUACGAGCAUGUUCAUGAUGGGAGGGUCGGCUAG